ACUCAAUUCUCUGCAGACUGGUAUGCCUCAUGAUAACCUUGUGGGCCGGUCUCGAAAGCUUAUCCCCUCCAUGAUCACAGACGUGUCAACCCAAGAGAUGACGUAUGAGUAGGCCAUUAUGAAUCGCGAUAGAGGUCCCCUCCAUCUGCUUGGUAACAUGUAACCCAUCCCACCUGAAUCCUUUCUGCUCAAAAUCUAUAUAAGACUUCAUCUCUACCUUCGUAUUUUCAUCCUUUCCUACUUAUAAAAUAUAUAUCGACCUACCUAGUAGCUAGCCUUCAUAAUCUGGAUCAUUCACUACACCUUCAGACAUACGCCACUUCACUAAACCCCUCACAAGCCAAACCAUCACCAUGUCUUCCUAUAUUGUCGGAGUCAAGAAAGACCUUUCAGAGGAACAAUAUGCUGCAGCCAGAAAGGCCAUCGAAGAGCAAGGAUGCGAGGUCAAGAGCGAAUUCAACCGCACCGGUGUCUCGCCAGGUUUUGUUGUCGUGAUGCCGAAAGACACCGUCACAGCCUUAGAAGCGCACGACCAUGUAGUAUUUGUGGAAGCAGAUAGCGAGGUAAAAACCCAAUAGGGAUAGACGUCAAAUGAAGAAAUACGACUAUGGUCGAGGUGGAAUGGGAGUUUAUGGAAGCAUCAUGUAUUUAUCUAGUAGUAGAAAAUCAACUGAAGUGGGAACAUUCAUACCCUUCUCCUCCAAGA